GAGGGUGGGGCCGGAAGUCGCUCCCCGGGUGGGGGCUGUUCAUGGCGGUUCCGGGGUCUCCGGCACAUUUACCGGGUGUGGGGCCGAGUCCGACCGAAGUUGAGGCGGCGGGGUUUGAGGUGGGGCUCGGGAACGGGAAGCCCGAGCGCCGCCUAAAUUCCUGAGACUAGUUGGCUAACAUUAGCAGCGGGCGCGGGACAAAGGCCUCGGGGCCGGGCGGGAGCCGAGAGCUGGGGCCGGGCCCCGGGAGAGGAGCGGGGCAGCCGGGCGGGGCGGGCGAGGUCUCGGAGCCGGCGCGGGGAGCCCGGCGCCCACUGGGCCGCUGUCGCACCGCAGGCGUUCGCUGGUGUGAGAUGACCGAGUACAAACUGGUGGUGGUCGGAGCUGGCGGUGUCGGGAAAAGCGCCUUGACCAUCCAGCUCAUCCAGAACCACUUCGUAGACGAGUAUGAUCCCACGAUAGAGGACUCCUAUCGCAAGCAAGUGGUUAUUGAUGGUGAAACCUGUUUGUUGGACAUACUUGACACAGCUGGACAAGAAGAGUAUAGUGCCAUGAGAGACCAGUAUAUGAGGACAGGCGAAGGCUUUCUCUGUGUCUUUGCCAUCAACAAUAGCAAAUCAUUUGCAGACAUUAACCUCUACAGGGAACAAAUUAAACGAGUGAAAGAUUCAGAUGAUGUGCCUAUGGUGCUGGUGGGAAAUAAGUGUGAUCUGCCAACACGGACAGUUGACACAAAACAGGCUCAUGAACUAGCCAAGAGCUAUGGAAUUCCUUUCAUUGAAACCUCAGCCAAGACCAGACAGGGUGUUGAAGAUGCUUUUUACACACUGGUAAGAGAAAUACGACAGUACCGCAUGAAAAAACUCAACAGUAGCGAUGAUGGGACUCAAGGCUGCCUGGGUCUUUCAUGUUCAGUCAUGUAACCAAAUGGAGUUUGGAAUUUCAUCUUCAGAAAAGAGCCACUUUUUGAGCUGCACUGACACCCUGGUCCUGAUUUACCUGGAGGAGAAGUAUUAAAUACUCAUCUUCAGUUUCCCUGUGAAGCCCCUUGCCACUUACCCAGUGCCCAGUAGUAGAUGAGCACAGUGUUCUCUUGUCUGUUCUCUACCUGAGAAGUUCUCAGAGCAACUACCUCCUCACUUGGUUGUCUGACCAGAGAAAUGCACCUCUCCUUACCAGUAUUUCUUCUCCCUGGGCUUUUUCUCUCUGGGUUGCUUGGUUGUUGUGGUUUUUCUUCUCUAGGUUUUUCAUUUGAAAAGAAAUUCAUGCUCUGAAACAGAGAACCAAACUGUUGAAAUACUGUUGAAAACAGCAUAUUGAGCUCCAAAGUACCACUUGAUGGGGAUUUUUCUUUUUUUAAUGUUGAACUUGGACCUUUGUUGAUAUUUGGAGCAAUGUUAUGAAAAACUUGUUGAUGUCACUCUCUGGUUUUGUUUAUGAUGUUAUCUGCUACAUAUGCUAACCUGGCAUCUGUUCUUCCUAUCACAAAUAUGAAAACAUAACUCCAAUCUCAGCUAUAUAGUACCUCUUACAAAUACUGAAUUUUGUGUCUACUCUGGUUCUCCUCUACUUCUAUGUAAUUAGAAACAUUUUUCCUAAUGAAGUGCCUUUUUCUUAGAAAUGAUUUGUAGAAUUUUCCUGUUUUAUUCAGUGAUGGUCUGAGAUGGUCUCAUUAAAGGAGAUGGUCUCAUAAAGAGACCAUUACAUAUUAAGAUGAAUCAUCAGAGGAUGUCUAUGUCCAGUCCACUUGGGUAGGAUAAGCAAGCAGGCAUGUGUGAUAUCUGAUAUCUUCAUCUCAGAUAUGUUGGGUCUAGUUUCUUAGUGACCUGUUUAUGAAAUCUACAGGGAGAAAUCUGAAACUAGAAAUACUUUCUCUUAUUUUUUAUUCGGUCUUCAUUUUUGCCUCUUCCCUCCAAGUUAUUGUCUACAAAUUGGACAUGCAGUUUGUAGUCGAUAUUUCCUUUAGCUUUUAUUCUUAUAAAGAAGAAAAAAGUUAGUACUUAAGCAACCAACCAUCAUAAUGCUAAUUUGGACCAUGUAUUUAUAGUUGUAUAGGCCUUAUAAUAAUUUAGGUGAGAAUUUUCUUCAAAAGGUGCAACCAAUGAUCUUCAAGUGUUAAAUGCAAUAUAUUAACAGAAUGAAUAAUUAGCAUUUAAAUUUUAUUUUGCCAACUUCACUACAUUCAUCUGGCAAUUAUUGACUGUUAUACAUGUUUUUGGGAGGAUAGGAUAUGCCUUAGCAUCCUGAGCUGGCUAGUUAUUAGUGUACUUGGCUAGAGUAUGGUGCUAAUGAGACCAGGGUCACAGGUUUGAUAGUAAUGCUAGCCAUUUAUUGCCAUACAGAGAGAAACUCUGCCAGAGCCACAGAUUACCACUCCUAAUUCCUGCCAAUUUUAACAUCUGUGUAUAUGCAACUCUGAGAUUAUGCAGGUCUGUGUUCCUUUUGGAGGACAGAGUAUAGAAGUUGUUGUUACUGUACGAAUUGCCUAUGAUUAGGUUGAGGAAUAGUAUAUCAGUCCACCAUUUAUUAAACAUCUGCUGUGUGCCAAUGUGCCUGCUGUGUAAGAAAGGCCAUUACAUGGCCUUUUUCUUAAAAAUGUGAGACAAACAACAAUCCAUGUGCCAUUGGGAGCCAUACAAUUACAAGUUUCACAGCAUCUCAUACUCCUGGUAUGUAUGUAUCAUUCACUCUAUUGGCAAAAAUUUCUUCAUUAUGUCCUAAGCACACUUGGUCUCAACUGGGCCAAAUUCCAGAUUUAGGGAUGCUUUCCUAUUAGAUCCUUGUUAAACUUAGAUGUGAUAUCUGGCUGGAUGAGGUGAUAAGCCUAACUGUUGUGAGCAAGUCAAGCUGUCUAAGUUAUCCAGACUAAAAGUAUUGAUUAUGGAUGUUUAUGGAUGCUGGGGCCUCCUCUCAGUAAUCUUGAAUUCUCGGAGCUCAGCUUCAGCUUCCCCCAGGGUAAAUGCUUAAUCAGCUGUCAUAAAUUUUAUAUUCUUUUGUAGCUGAUCUUUGCUGUUACAGGUUCUGAGUUCAAGAGUAUGAAGAUGGAGUAUCCUGUUUGGCUAAGGCUACAGUGUUUACUCCAUAAAUGUUUCUAUGAAGUGCUGUUUAUAUUCAAACAGUUUAGUAUAAAAUCUUAAUAAUAAAGCACUAUCCUCAAAGCAUCAUAAUAUGGGGCUCCUGAAAGGUAAAAUUGAGAACAAGAAUUUGCAACUCUUUGUUCAGUGAAUCCCAAGUGCAGUCCUAAAGCUGUGAAUUCUUUCAUCUUUAACCUUAAUGAGAUGGUGGGUUUUUAAAAUAGUCAACACAUUCAUGGGAAAUUUGGGGGUUUUUUAUGUCUCUUCUGAAUGUCAGUAAGGGCAAUUAAUUUUAUUUUAACUUUGGGAGGUUUCUUUUCCUCUGAGCCUUCCAUAAUCCUUAAAACUAAAAUGUAGCAUGUCUGGCUCUUAGGACACAAGAAACAAGUGAAAAAAUUAGGUAGUUUAACUUAGUAAUAUGAACUAAAGAAUCACAAGAAGAAAGAGACAUUUUCUGGGUGAAUAUUAGAAGUUUUGGUGGUUUAUCUUUGGAACUGACAACAUUUUUAAUUUAUUUUUCAUCUUUAUCACUAAAUUAACAUGGAGUUAUGUGACUUGGGCCUCGGUGAGGAUAGAAUUGGGCUCUAGAGACCUUUCCAGUUCCAAUCGUCUGUGAUUCUACCAGCACAUGGCUAAUGUUUUUCAUAUCAUUUUGUUUUCCAAAGGAACUAUUUGGUUCAAAGUGGUAUUUUCCAUGUCAAAGUAUCUGUCAUGCAGAUUUCCAAAUAACUGGUGACAGAAUUCAAGAGUGACCUUGGAAAGGUGAUUUCAGGUCAUUCCUGUGACUGUUCUUUGCAUAACUCCUGGAUGGGGCAUUAUCUCAUUAGGAGUUAUCUAACAUAAAUUUUUAUGCCACCAAAUGGAGGAAAAUAUAUUAAUUGUGCAAAUCUGCUGUUUAAACUGGAGCUUAUUGGUCUCCUUGGUCCUAAACAGAAGGACUAAUAUUUUUAAGUUGAAGAUUUUAUUGUAAAUUAAUCCAUCUUAAAGACUUUUUGUUCUUUUGAAUUUACAGUUGGUUACUGUUCUUGUUAAAUGAUUUAAAAAAAAAUAAAACUGGAAAUUCAUUGGUUAUUAA